CGGCACUAGGGCUCAGACGGAGGGCGACGCGGGGUUGUGGCUCAGCAGGCCCGGCCUGGCUUUGGUCUGCGGGACUUCCAGCCGGAGACUCUGCGCCUGCGCCCGCCCGACAACCGGCGCGGCCGCGGUUUGAGCGGCAGCGCGCUCCCUGGUAUCGGGGCGACCCAUGGGUAGCAGCGAGGGCCACGAUGACAGAUUACGGCGAAGAGCAGCGCAAUGAGCUGGAGGCUCUCGAGUCCAUCUACCCCGAUUCCUUCACAGGCAGAAGUGUCAGCUACCCCUGUAUAGCUCCAGUCCUGUUCAUGUUCUCUCUCACCAGCAGUACAACUGUACUGUGAGGAUAUUAAGGGGAUGAGUGAAGAGGGGUUUGAGAGUGUCCUUACCUGGCUUGAUUGCACAUUGAUCCAACCCUCCUAACAACUAGUCUUCCAAAAUUAUAAAUGGACUCUCCUGAUACCACAUUCUCCUUCAGUAGUGCUUCACUUGACAAGGUCCUGCUAAGUAUUAUCAGAAAAUCCACCCAGUUUUACCAUUACUGUGACAUCUGAGGCUGGAGAAAAUGAUGAAACUGUUCAGACUACUCUCAAGUUUACAUACAGUGAAAAAUACCCAGAUGAAGCUCCCCUUUAUGAAAUAUUCUCCCAGGAAAACCUAGAAGAUAAUGAUGUCUCAGACAUUUUAAAAUUAUUAGCAGUACAGGCUGAAGAAAAUCUUGGUAUGGUUAUGAUCUUUACUCUAGUGACAGCUGUGCAAGAAAAAUUAAAUGAAAUAGUAGAUCAGAUAAAAACUAGAAGAGAAGAAGAAAAGAAACAAAAAGAAAGAGAAGCAGAAGAAGCAGAAAAGCAAUUAUUCCAUGGCACUCCUGUUACAAUAGAGAAUUUCUUAAGUUGGAAGGCCAAGUUUGAUGCAGAACUUUUGGAAAUUAAAAAGAAACGGAUGAAAGAAGAAGAACAAGCAGGAAAAAAUAAAUUAAGUGGGAAACAGCUAUUUGAAACAGAUCAUAAUCUUGACACAUCUGAUAUCCAGUUCUUGGAGGAUGCUGGAAACAAUGUGGAGGUAGAUGAGUCUUUGUUCCAGGAAAUGGAUGACUUGGAGCUGGAGGAUGAUGAAGAUGAUCCAGACUACAAUCCCGCUGACCCAGGGAGUGACUCCGCAGACUAAUGGACUAUCCCCAUCUACAGAGAAGCUUGACUGCCACAGCAUCUGUGGCUAUGCCUAGAGGGUUUUGAUUUUCCUUUCUUUUUUUCUAAGAAAAAAAAAAUAAUUUUCAGGAGAAUAUUCUUCUGAUCACUUUCAUCAUUGAACUUAAUAAACUGACCUUAAAGUUUCAAAUAUAAAAUGUUCACUUCUUCUAAUUGAUGAGCAGAAGGUAACAUAUUUAAAGUUAUUUAGUGUUGGAGAAAGAUCCUGCUUGUAACACCAAGACUUGAAGGUAGGCUGAAGGUAGGCUGCUGCAUGCACAUGUGUGGGUAUACAUGAGGAAUCAGAGUAACUUAGAAUUUCUGUGCUGGAGAUGGUUAUUACUUUUGGAUUCUAAGUGUUGUCAUACUGUAUAAAGUAUUAGAAGGCUGAGGUGAAUAGAGCAUUAUUCCUAGAUUUUAGCCUUCUGGCACAAUAAAUUUAAGUCUUAAUAAAACCAGAGCCCAUAUUAUAGGCAGGAAAAAAAAAAUGAACUUUACUAUAAUAGUGGUAUUUAAGUCAGAAUUUGUGGUAUUCUUAAAAGAUGUUUGCUUUUAGGCCACUUCUCAGGUUAGAUUUAUGUAAGUCCCAAUCUGCAUUUUAAAAUAGUGAAAAAUUGCAUACCAGUUCUACAGGUGAUUCUGAUGUACACUCUUGAUUGAACUACUGUUCUGCAGUUGUGAAGUCUGUAUGAUUUAGUGUUUUCCCUAUUGCUUUCUAAUUAGCCAGGCUGAAGGGGUCUGAAUUCUAAGGGUUACACACUGUGUGCAAGAAAAACACACAUCAACCUCCAUACAAGUGUAAGACUGUCUUUAUAUUAAUUUGAAAUGAUUGACUUGGGGUUACCAUAUGGGCGAACCAGGCUUCAUGUGAGUUUUCUGGUCUUUGCAGCUUUGGAGGAUAGAACCAACCCCAGUGGAAAUCACUUGUACUAUUGCAAAGAACUGCCUUCAGUCAAAAAAUGCAUAUGCCACAUACCUGCAAACAAAACUGUAUGAAUCCCACAUUGAUGUUUGAACUUUUAUGAUUAAAAACCAAAUUAUCAUUGGGAAAUUUAAUACUUUUUCAAGGAAACUUCUGGUCAUUCUUUAUCCCAGAGCACUAGAACACAGUAGCCGAUAGAGAUCCAAAAAUUGUUAUGUGAGGUUUUGUUUUUCCUGAAAGAUCCUGCUGGAAACUGUUUAGUAGUUGCAUGAGAACCUGGAAGAAGCUGUCUAACUGAGGCUAAAAUAGCAGUGAAGAGCAGUGUGGUACUGAGGUCAGUGAAGAUUUGACCUCAAGGUCAAGAAUAAUUUCUGGGACUGGGGUUGUGGCUCAGUGGUAAGGUGCUUGCCUAGCAUGUGUGAGGCCCUGAAUUCAAUCCCCAGCACUGCAAAAAAAAAAAAAAAAAAAAAAAAAAGUUUCGCUUCUCCCCUUCAUGUUGUUUUUAAGGUUCAGUUUUAUACAUUUCCUCCAGGUAUUGAAAUGGAAUUUCUACUUUAGUCAUUUCAGACUACAGGCAAAAUGUACUGAUAAAAUGAACAUAACCUGGUUAGUUCUAAUAACACUUCCAAGUCUUUUCAUGUAAGUAUUAAAUUUGCCAUUGGCUUUAUUCUGGAAAUUAAACCAAGAUUCAGCUUCUCAAACCAGAGCACACAAACUCCCAGGAUGUGCAAUGGCAUGACUAGUGGUAUAUGAAGCAAUAAUUAGUGCAUCAUGGAUUAUCAGGGUUUUUUUUGGAUUUGGGCAAAUGUUUGUUUUAACUUUUCUACUUGAGCCAAAUUGUAUAAAAUUUUUACUAGGUUAAAAAUAAACAACUCUAUAUUCAUUACUGUAUACUGUAGUAUUGCCUGUCACAGAGUAAGCACCUAAUAUUGUUGAAUGAAUGAAUUAUGAAGUAGAAUGCAAAAUUACAUAUUUCAAAAGAUAAAACAUGAGAAUUCAAAGAAAUUUUCUUUUUGCCAUCUGCAUCUUUGGACAAUAUUAGAUUCCACAUUACUUCUUGCUCUUUUGCCAGUCGGGCUAUCUUAGGGAAAAGGUUGAACAAGUUCUGCUCUAAGACAACACUAAAUGGAUACAUGGACAUUGCCUGCUUCGGGUAAAACCAAGGGGAGUGAUCAGUCACAUCUCAAUGAAAAGAAUGAAUUUAUUGAUAGUACUGUCACAAACUCAAGAUAUAUGUGCUAAGAAGGAAAGAAGCACAUUGUUGGAUUCCAGAAAAAAAAAAAAAAAUGAUUGCGGGUAUUCAGUAUUUGUGUGCUAGCCCUUUGUUAGGUGUGUUGAGGUACAAAUGAAAAGCAGGCAAACUGCCUCAAUAGGUAACAGUAUUUGUCUUUUGAAGAAUAUACAUGUCAGACAAUAAAAGUAGGACACAUUGUAUGAUUUUGUGCCAAAACGAAUCACACACUUCAAUAACUGUAGGGAGUGAUUUUAGAGACCAUUGAAUGGUAAAGUUUUUCAGAAGAGAUGACAUGUAAAAUAUGAAUUUGUGUAACUGUAAAGGUGAAUGACAUCAGUUUGCUAUUUUAGGAACUUUGUCAGAGUAACAUUUAAAAUGCUGCUGAAAAGGUAUAUUGUUAAGUUUUCAGGUUUCAUUUCAAGUGAAUUCAUGUUACCUUUUGGUUAAGUUAUUGUGUCAGAGAGUGGCUGAUGGGGUUAUUUUACUUGUUGGUCAAACUCAUCAAAAGACUUAUAAAAAAAAAAGCUUGUCAUCCAAGAGAAAUGCCCCUUGAUGAUUAAAUCUUACAUCUAAAUUUAGUUUGCAUUAUCCUAUAUAA